CCAAACAUAUCGCAAGUCAUUGUCGUCACAAAACCUCGGGGGUCUCUUGCCCUGUACCUAUGAUGGCUCGAAUUUGCAUCAUGCCAUUUGAAUUGCAGCAUGGGAUUACCAAACUGUCGGGACGCCACAGUGUAAUGGAUGAGACUAGAGCAACGUGGUAAGAAGGGUGAUUAGAGGAUUUCGGUCCUUUUCUCGGCCCUUUCCCUCUGCCUCCUCUAGUAGCCUCUCGUUUCUGCUCCUCCCGAGGAGUUGAGUUCUUCAUGUGAGGGACGGGACUGGUUUUCUACGUGUCUUUCUUGCACACUGCCCACCAUGGUCAGCUUCGCGAGCAUGACGAACAGGUACCUUGCCGAGACGAAGAACGAGUUUGCUCUGGAGUCUCGGACCCUUACCGACAACGAUGGCCUCGCGGCCGAUGCCAAUGGCACGAUACAAGAUGGAAAGGAUAUGGCGAGGCUUGGUAAGAAGCAGCAGUUCCAAAGAAACUUUCGGUUCAUUUCGAUUCUUGGCUUCACGUGCACGUUGAUGUGUACGUGGGAAUGUCUGGUCGCGAGCGCGUCUCUGGCAUUGAUCAAUGGCGGUCUUGCGGGGUUUGUGUGGACUUGCUUUGGCACUACGUUCUGCUACACGGCGGUCAUUGCGUCGAUGGCUGAUAUGGCCUCGAUGAUGCCGACGACCGGUGGACAAUACCACUGGGUCUCGGAGUUUGCGCCAAAAAGCAAGCAGAAAUUCAUGAGUUACAUGGCUGGAUGGACUGCGUCGUUGGGAUGGCAAGCUGGUCUUGCCAGUACCGCGUUCCUUUCUGCGACCAUGAUACAGGGCCUGGUUGUCCUGAACUAUCCCACAUAUGAGGCUCAGCGCUGGCACGCGACACUGAUAUUCAUCGCGGUACUCUCUGUCUGCAUAUUCUUCAACACCAUCGGGGCCAGACACCUGCCCCUGAUUGAAGGCCUGAUCCUGAUGCUUCAUAUCAUGGGCUUUUUCGCUGUCGUGAUUCCGUUGUGGGUAUUGGCGCCCAAGAUCUCGGCAAAAGAAGUCUUCACUUCGUUUUCCAACACCGGAGGAUGGAGCUCUGUUGGGAGUGCUUGUAUGGUGGGACAGCUUGCAUCGGUAUACUCGUUUCUAGGACCCGAUGCUGCUGUUCACAUGGCUGAGGAAAUCCGCGACGCAUCCAAGAUCGUCCCCCGCGCCAUGAUCACCACCGUCCUGGUCAACGGCCUGCUAGGCUUCGUCAUGGUCAUCACAUUCUGCUUCUGCAUCACCGACCUGCCCGCCGCCCUGGACUCCCGCACCGGCUUCCCCUUCAUCGAAGUCUUUCACGCUGCCACAGACUCCAAAGCAGGCGCCACGGCCAUGGUCUCCAUCUUCAUCGCCCUGCUCAUGUGCUGCGCAAUCGGCAACCUCGCAACCGCGUCCCGACAGUUCUUUGCGUUUGCCCGCGACGACGGCAUGCCGGGCGCGCAUAUCUGGAGCAGAGUCACCACCGUCGGUGUUGCGAUCCCGCUGCAUGCGAUACUGAUCAGCAUGACCAUCUCCAUCGCCAUCGCGCUCAUAAACAUCGGAUCCACCGCAGCCUUUAACUCCGUCGUCUCCCUCGUCACCGCCGCCGAUUUCUCAACCUACUUCCUCUCCAUCAUCUGCAUCCUCACCAAGCGGCUCCGCGGCGAGCCCCUCCUGCCGUCCCGCUGGAGCAUGGGCAAAUGGGCCAUCCCGGUCAACAUCUUCGCCUGCGCCUAUCUCAUCUUCGGCAUGGUCAUGUCCUUCUUCCCGACGUCCCGGAUCGGGCUGAGCCCCGAGGGUAUGAAUUGGAGUGUGCUGGUGUACACGGUUGUGGUUGCGGGGGCGGCGGUGCUGUAUUUGGUGCAUGGGCGGUACACGUAUCGGGGCCCGGUGGUGAAUGUGAGGCGGGUGGAGUAGAGGGUGGUUGGGCGGUGUGUGGUUCAUGCGGCUUUUUGGCGCAUGAGUUGUGCUAUGAGAAAUGACGUUGAUUGCUCAUCUGGAAUGGCAUAGAUAGAGGUAUGGGGUUAUAGAUGCUUUGCCGCAUAGAGAUUAUCUGAGCAUACAGUUGAGAAGGUGGAAGUCGGGUGUGUAUACAUCCUCAUCAAAUGAUAAGGCAACAAUCCAUGUCUGGCGUUGUCAUCUUAAACGCCGGGCUGCCGCAUAGCUUGGUC